AUGCCUUCGACAAACGUCCACACUAGCGUCCCCACCGACCUUGCCGCCAUCAUGGACACAAGCAUCCCCAACUUGGACCCAGCGGUCGCAGCCGCGUUCCCCAAAUCCUUCGGCCUGCUGCUGUACCCACAGUUCGAAGUCCUGGACGCGGCGGGCCCCAUCGAAGCCCUCAACCUCUUGUCACAUCUCGACGGGUUCACCGACAUGAAGCUGAGCAUCAUCAGCAAGACGCUCGACCCGAUCAGCAUCGGGCCGGCAGGGGCACCUCACUCGACGGUAUUCACGGGCGCGCAGCGCUAUCUGCCGACACACACGUUCGAGACGGCGCCGCCGCUCGACGUGCUGCUCAUCCCGGGCGGGGCGGGCUCGUUCGACAUGCCUGGCGCGGAGAAGCGGGACAUCGAGGGCCACGUGCAGUUUGUGCGGGAUGCGUUUUUCGGGCUGAAUGGCCGCCAGAAGCUCCGUUAUGCCAUUAGUGUGUGUAACGGCACGAUUCUGCUCGCCCGUGCGGGCGUCUUGGAUGGCCAGAAGGCCACGACGAACAAAGACGGCUGGACGUUCCUUACUGCCAUGGGCCCCAAGACUGAGUGGAUUGCGAAGGCGCGUUGGGUCGACAGUGGGAGGGUGUGGACGACUUCGGGCGUGAGUGCUGGUGCCGAUGGCGUCCUGGCGUGGAUUGAGGGUCUUACGUCCAAGGAGACGGUGACCAAGGUGACUAAUUCCAUGGAGUGGAUUCGAGCUAAGAGUCCCGACGAGGAUCCUUUCGCGAAGAUCUUUGGUUGUGAGGACGUUCUUCCGGUGGAAGCUUGA